GAUGAGUACCCUACAGUCACACACGGGCUACAUCAGAGUAAAGCUCGGCUCAAACGUUCCGCGCAACCAGAGAUGCGCUUACGCACGAUCGUGUUCGAAUUUUGAAAUCAGCGCGGAACUUUUUGCGAAAAUAAAAACUUUUUUCGGUCACGACUUUCGAGUCUAGUCUUCUUCUCUUGUGAUAGUGCUUCCGUUUGUGUUCCAGUUGAAGUGAUGUUUGAAGAAGAACAGAAGGCAGUUUUGUGAUAAACAUUAUAAACUAUUUUGUACAUAAUUAGGAAAAUUUCCAGAAACGUUGGCGGCUGCUGGUAACUGAAAAAGCUUUUAAGAUGAACCAGCAGUGCAAGGUGUGCGGGGAGCCGGCCGCCGGGUUCCACUUCGGAGCCUUCACUUGCGAGGGAUGCAAAUCGUUCUUCGGGCGCACUUACAACAACCUGUCGUCGAUAUCGGAGUGCAAGAACAACGGUGAAUGCGUCAUUAAUAAGAAGAAUAGAACGGCUUGCAAGGCGUGUCGGCUACGGAAAUGCCUGCUGGUCGGUAUGUCCAAGUCUGGCUCGAGAUACGGGAGGAGAUCCAACUGGUUCAAGAUCCACUGCUUACUGCAGGAGCAGCAACAACACCACAUGCAGCACAUUCAGACGAGUAAGUCACCGCCUGCAUUCAACCCCGCCAUGAAUCCUUCGUUCAUACCGACAAAUCUGCUCCCAGCGGCAGCCCUGGCGGAAUACUACAAGCACAACGAAAAAAACCCAUUCACUGAAGACGUGACGAGGCAAAGCGUGUCUCCGUCCGACUCUGGAGCAUCAUCAGCUGACCCUGAGGACGACAACAGCUCCCGAAGUACCAGUGGCCUCAGCAUAUUCCGAUCAGCGUCUUCACCGUGCAGUGAAAAGGACGUGCGGUUACAUGCCAUUAGGAAUUCCUCCUCAAAGGACACAAGAAAAAGAAAGUCUUCGGCCGUGUCUAUUAACUUACCGACUUCUCCGUUUAGAAGCGGAUCGUCCACUCCUAGUUUCUCGCCGAGAAGCGGUACGUUUAUCCCGGCCUUGAACAUACGGCCGGUACCACCUGGUAUAACGUCCACGUGGCAAAACCGCAACGGUGGCGAUUCUAUCCUGCACUCUCCUGCGGCGGGUGGUGUGGCCAUAGAGCAGGACCAGCCUAUUGAUCUUUCUUUCAAAUCUACUGCUGUACUCUUUAGAAGCCCUAAGAAUGAGCCGAGUGACUCGGAGCCAGAACUCAGCAUCGACUUGAAUGAUGAAGGCAAAGAUAUUUUGAAGAACCCUCUGGACCUUUCUUUGGUCCCGAAAAGAACUGAACAACUUCCUUUGACUGGAUGAGAUAGUAAUCUUAGUAAUAGUUAACCUACAACCGUGAGUCAAUUUCGCCAUGUGUCUUCUUGUUCCAUUAGCGUUAGUUAGUUGAAUAUAAUUAUUUCGUUUAAAAAUACUCUGCCAUACAGUAUUUUAAGGUCCUGUACAUUCCUUCUUUCUUAAGUUUACCUGAAUUAAUGCUACCAUAUUUAAUAUGUUCUAGUGUAGAUAGAUUUCUUAUAGGUAUUUAAGAGUUAAGUAUUAAAAAUGCCAGUUCGUGAAAUGUAUGCCAGUGUUUUGAUUUACCAAUUUAGUUAAUACCUAUAAAGGUGGGAUAUAGGCCAGUGAAACGAAGCUCAAAAUUGAAAUGUACAAAUUUGAUGUAUGUUUUGAUAAAGUGAUUUGUUUAAAUUUUGUUGUUUUAAGUAUUUAUUGUAUUAGUUUUAAUUUAGGGUUUGUAUUCAGUCAGUAAUUAGGAGAAUUAUGAUUUUUGUGUAAUUAUUUAGUUUUUUCUCGAAUGUGUGUGUUAACUGUUUUGUUACUUGUUUCAUUUGUUGCAGAUUUUACAUUUCUUUUUAAUUGUAUAUAAUUAUUAUUUAAAUCUGAGUACAGUCUUAUUUCUAAUACUCAAACUACCUAAGUAAUUCCACUUUCCUGACUAUUUCUGUAUAAGUUUAACGUCAGUCAUUCCAGCUCAAAAUUCCAUCACAAAGUACUAAUUACAGCGAAUAUUGUUAUCAGUUUUAUAAGAUAAUGUUUUAUUUGUUUACAUUUUUUUACGUUAAAAUAUUAAAAAUUAAUAUAUUGAAGAAACAUUUAAUAAAUGCGAGUGUCUUAUAUUUGUUUGUAAA